AUGUAUGAUUGCUUUCUUGUUUGUCGGCUCUUGCUUUGUGGGGACGUUGAAUCAAACCCUGGCCCCGACAGUGAUUGCUUGUUAGAUAACAUUCUCAAAGGACAAGCUGAGAUCCUUAAUGGUAUUCACGACCUGAAGUCACAGCUAGUUGCUUCCGAUGCAGUAAUAGCCUCCCUUCGUACUAAAGUAACUGAGCUGGAAAGACUCCUGCAACUCAUGAGCUCUUCUACAUCCAAAAUAGAUGGUCUCGACAGCACGUUAAGUUUGCUCCAGACUAACACAGCACAACAAACUGAGAAACUUGUUGAUCUUGAGGACCGUAGUCGUCGCUCUAAUUUAGUGGUUUAUGGAUUACCAGAGCCAAAUAAUGAAACUGACCUUCAGCUUAAAGAUCACGUAGUCGGGGAACUGUUUGAGAAGAAACUUGAUGUGAAAUGUUGUUCGAUUGGUAGAAUUCACCGACUCGGUCGAAAGAAAGCUAAUCUUCCGGUCAUUUUGUACCUCCAAGAUUAUAACGAAAAGCAGGCCAUACUGAAGAACGCUAAAAAACUGAAAGGCAAACACAUUUUUAUUGAAAAUGACUAUUCACGUUGCACACUUCGAAAGCGUAAGCUGCUGUGGGAGAGUGCCAGGAGCGAUAAAGCUGAUGGAAGGCGUGUCUUUAUGGUUAACGAUAAACUUCGCAUU